CGAUCAACGAGUUGGAGGUGGCACUCCAUGUCGCCACUGCUUUUGAGAAGGGCUUGUCUCUUCCAGAUGCCAUCCAGCAGGCCAGCCAAGGCGACGUGCGAUGCCGUGCGAGUGUCCCCGCCAUCGCCAAAUUUGUCCAAAACUUCGGCGGCGGCUCCCAAGGGUUCCCACUGUUGCAUUUCCUUGCCAAUUUUUCCAAACAGUUCAAUGCAACUCUCCUCGUCGGCACGGAGCUUAUGUCCACCCUCGCCACGCUGGACUUCCGCCAGGCCACUUGCAUAUUUCCCAUGAUCAGGGUUGCCUGUUGGGCCUGCAUGCUGACAUCGCCGAGGGCACAAGAUGGAUUCAGCCGGAUCCUGACGGUCAACGACCUCCCAAAGCUCAAGUCGCCAGGGGUGAUUGCCCAAGUGAUCCAGGCUGAGGAGAUGCUCCAGGCCAAGACCCAGACGGACAUGCAGGUCACGGAUGUCUUGGCGGCCAGCCACAAGACCAUAGCCAUGUAUACCAACAAGGACCACGGCGCCAAGGUCUUCGAGUUGACCGACAUGACAGACGACCAUGCCACCAUGACUCACAAGCCGCUCUUCCAUGACCAGGAAGAAGUCCACGUGCCUUUGCAGAAGCUGCCAACGUGGAAGGCCACCAAGGCCCUCAUGCCCAUGUUGUGCCCAGAGGAACUUGCCAGGGAAGGCAUGACGGCGAAGAUUCUGUUGGAGGAGCGGGCCAGGUCAGAGGUCCAGCUCGCUCUCCACAAAGCGGCGGAAAGGCACCAUCUGGAUGCACAGACCAUCGCUUUCGGUCAGAACCCCCAAGGGUUGUUGGCGACCAAGGCAAUUCGCAAAACAAUUCGUUUGGUUCCACUGGGCAUGGUGAACAAAGCCAAGCCGACCACGAAGGAGACCAAGCUUCUCAUCGAGCAUGGCGGGCACACCUGGACGAUUGGGCCAUUCCGCCAGAAUCUCCAGUUCGAAGCAGACAGCCCAGCUUGCUUGAUUCCAUUUUUCUGGUGCAAGCCCACCAGCGAGCCCUCCGAGGUCACCAUGGUGUACUCCACGGUCGUCGAGUCUGGGAUUACCAUCCCCUGCUUGGAGAACCCAGCUCCGCUGGAGCCGCGACAGCAGCUGCUGUUCCUGGCCGCCCAUGCUGAGGCUUCCGAAGCAGACCAUGGCGAGGCAUCCGGAGCGGCGGAGCCAUCAGAGGCGACCCCUAAAGCCAAAGCCAAGAACAAGGCCAAGGCCAAAGAGCAGUCGGAGCCUCCGUCCAAGAAGCCCAAGAAGUGA